AUGCUGAAGUUCUUUCGCUCUCGUUCUUCGGCCUUGAAAGGGAAAUUGAGAAGGAAAUUGAGAAGGCCUGGAACGCAACCCUCACAGGAGCAGAGUGCCACAGAAGACACACCUCCAAAGCCGCUCUAUCCGCGGGAAAAGGCAUUAUCUAUCAUUUUCAGCACAGAAUUAGAUCGCGCAUCGAAAGCUGGCAAUGUACAUGCCAAACCCACUUUCCUUCUCCUGCCUCUGGAAAUCCGAAGACAAAUCGUUGAAUAUUGCGUCUGCGGGAUCCCUUUGGAUCUGAACGUUGUCGAAGAGCUCGGUCAAUUGAAACAAAAUAAAAUAGGCAUAUUGAUGAGGCCUAUCGACGUUAUCAGGAAGCGCUUCGUGCUAUCAAUUCCAUUGACUUGCCGCCAACUGAUCAAAUUUGGCUUUGGCAUGACGAUAAUCUACCUCCCCAGAAAACUAAUUACUCAGCGUCUGAAUAUGAUCAAUGAUAUGUGGCUCGUGUGGCAUGUUUUUAAAGUGCCAUUGGAAAACACUUUCGAAAAAGCAGAGUGGACGAAAGUUUGGGAGAUUAUUGCGUCGAUGGAGGGACUGAAGAAAGUGCUGGUACAAAUAUUUCCAAUCUUUCUAUGGGAAGACCAAUGGCCCAGUGAAGAAAAGCGACUUCUGGAAGAUGCAAAGUUGGUCACAAGGCCCGAAAGAUUCGAACUGGAGUUGGGCUGGCCGGAGGGACCAAUUCCAUUGGAACUUCCUUGUGAUAUCACCAGAGUUUCGAACGAUUUGUUCCCGAACAGAGUCGCCCAUUGGAUCUAAACUCCAGGCUGCUUUGGACAGACAAGCUGAUCGAAGGUGGUAAUGGGAAAUCAAAGCAUCGGGCAUGAUCUAUACGAUGAGAAGUUGUGUGCACUUUGGGAGAAAGUUGCAGAUGUGAGUGGCCAAAUUCAUGACCACCAACAAAGCAGAAUCCUUCCUGCCGCUGCCCCGACCCACAGAGAGUAAUAUUUGGUUGUCAUUCCGUAACAUGUUCUGCUGCUGCGGUACGUUCAUGGAAUUCUGAGCUAGAGUUGUGGGAGU